AUGGCUGCUUUAAUUAUUCGUAAAGAAGGCAAUAAAUUUUUUAAAGAGGGUUUUUGGAAAGAAGCGAUUGAUAAAUACACUAAAGCAAUAUAUAUUGAUCCAAAUGAUCAUUUAUCAUAUACAAAUCGAGCCACAACUUAUUCAAAGAUGAAAAAUUUUACAGCAGCAAUUAAAGAUUGUAAAGAAUCUAUUAGAAUUGAACCUGAUUAUGCUAAAGCUUAUUAUCGUCUUGCUAAUUCUCUAAUGGCAUUAUUUUAUAAUGAUGAAAGCUUGGAUGCAUAUAAUACAUUCCUUGGACUCGAUCCUAAUAAUAUCCUAGCCAAAAAUGAGAGGGUUCAAGUUAUGAACAACAUUUGUAAUGAAAAAUUUACAUCCAUGCAAGGGAGCCAAAUACAUCCUGCAUUAAGGAUUGUAAACUGGGCUAAUUGUGAUAUUGAAUUAUCGUCUUGUAAAGCAAGACUUUUGGUAGCAACUCGUGAAUUCAAUAAAGGAUGUGAAAUUGCUAGAAAUAAUGGCAAUGGUUUGGUGGAAAUAACAAAGGGUAUUAUGACAGAUGAACGGUGCAUCAUCAUUCCUAGUUCGUUAGAUUUGGCCAUAAACAUUGCAAUAGAGCAAAGUAGAGCAUUCCCGCCAAGUUUAUCCGCUCGGGCAACAAUUUUAAGAUAUAAGCAGAGACUGGUUCAAGAAGGAUUAGAUUCAAUUUUGACCGCUCUUGCUACAAAUAUUCGUGCCGCUUUUUUGACUGGGUUUAUGGAUAUGUUUGCACCAGAUGCUAAAACUUUAAAUCAAGGAAUCGAAAAUCUUCAACGUGCAGUUGAACUUGCAUCAUUCGCAAAAGAAAUUGCACUAGAUAAAAUUGAUGUCACUGAUGUCACUUUUAUUCGAUCAUUAAAAGUGCAUCUAAUGAGAGCAAUUUUGAUUAAAUAUAAAAAAGAUGUAGAAAUGUUUGAUCUCUUUGAUAUUGUUCUUCAAUUGGCAAAAGAAAUCAUCGAUAGUUGCAAAGAAAAUCCCGUUUCAGAUGAAGAUAUGAUUCAUUAUUCUGUUUAUUAUCGUGGACAUCUGAAAGAAGCUUAUGGAUCUAUAGGCUCCGCUUAUAAUGCGAGAUCAAAUUCUUCAAAAGGGAAUUCAUACAAACUUAUGAUUGGUGGACAUACAUUCCAUGAAAUUAAACAACAUGUUCAAAAGGCUCAAAAUUGUGAAAAAGAAAUAUUUCCUAUUUUUGGAGAUUUUAUAGGAGAUAAUUUUGAAAAAUCUAUUGCAAUUCAAAGUUUAGAACAACUGAGGCGACUAGAUAACAUUGCGAGUGACAAAGAGUAUAUCUUGCCACAAGCAUUUCAUGUUUCAUCUAAUAGUGAAAAAGAUGAAGAUGAUUAUAUUCGAGAGUACGAAGCGAGAAUAGGAGCAAAAGAGACUGCGAAAUUCGAUUUAUCUGAAGCAGCUGCUAGAGCAAAUUCCGAAAUUACAAGAAAUGCCUUUUCUUGA